AUUUUUAUUGUGCAGCAGUGUUUAAGGUUUCUCUGACUAAAUUCGAGCAAGAAGAAGAAGAUUACCCGAAAAUCAGAAAAUGGGUACAAAUCAGAACCCAAAGGAAACGCAGAAAAAUAGCUUUGGUCCCUCCUCUGCCAAGGCUUACCUCGAUCCUCACUAUUGGGAUGAGCGUUUUUCUAACGAGGAACAUUACGAGUGGUUCAAAGAUUACUCUCAUUUUCGCCACCUUAUUCAAGCCCAUAUAAAACCCAAUUCUUCUGUAUUGGAGCUGGGUUGUGGGAACUCACAGUUGUCUGAAGAGUUAUACAAAGAUGGGAUCACUGAGAUAACAUGCAUUGAUCUGUCAGCCGUUGCGGUGGAGAAGAUGCAGAAGCGAUUAGCAUUGAAGGGAUAUAAUGAAAUAAAGGUUCUGGAGGCUGACAUGCUAAACCUGCCCUUUAGCAACGAGUGUUUUGAUGUCGUCAUUGAGAAAGGAACCAUGGAUGUAUUGUUCGUGGACAGUGGAGACCCAUGGAAUCCGCGGCCCGAAACAAUAAAUAAAGUCAUGGCAAUGCUUGAAGACGCUCAUAGGGUUUUGAAACCAGAUGGGAUUUUUAUCUCAAUUUCUUUUGGCCAGCCACAUUUCAGGCGUCCUUUAUUCGAUUCUCCAAAAUUUACCUGGUCUGUUGAGUGGAAUACUUUUGGUGAUGCAUUUCACUAUUUUUUCUAUGUCUUGAAGAAGGGAAGGAGAUCAUUGGAUGGAAAAGUAUCUAGUGAGAGGGUCCAGCCACCAUCAAUUAGUCUACUUCAUGAAGAGUUAGAAAGUGAAGAUUAUAUUUUCCGGACCAACAUUGAUGAGAUGAAUUCUUAAAAUCAAUUGUAUUUUUGCUCUAUUUUUCCCCCCUUUUUCAAAUUUCCUUUUUGUAACCUUGAUUUGAUUUAAUCAAAGUAGACACUUAAAACAAUAUAACCAUCAAAACUAUAGUUCUGACAUCUGUGUGAUAUUGAUAUGAAUGCGAAGAGUAAAACCAUCUCAAGCUGAUGCUGCUAUGGCAUGGUAUUGCCAAAGCUUAUGGGUUCCUUUCUAA